AUGGCCCGAAUACGUGAGCUGUUGCUGGUGCCUCCUGUGGUUAAGAAUUGUGGUUUUACAGUGAAAAACAAAAAGCUUGCUGUAGAAGUUUCUGGAAUAAUACAAGAAAAACGUGAACUACUUGACAAACAUAGCUUUGCGGAUAAAGAGAAUGAGAAUUUAGAGCCAUCUUUGAAACAUUCCAGCGUUGAGGAGUCCAAUAAAGCACAAGCUUUGAAGGAAACACAUGAAAAGCUGGAGAGUUGCAAAUUCAACGAACAGGAUGACGUUUUCUUUUUAGAAAAACAAUUAGAAAAAGAGAAAUCUGAACAUUUUGAACAAAAUGCAUUGGCUAAAAGAACCACCGAGAGCUUUCAAACACGUUUGGAUUUAUUUAAGGUAUUGAUUGAAAAUUUGCAGCUUCACGAAAGCUUGAAACAGCUUGUUGGAGAAGCUAAAAUACCGAAACAAGAGCUGAAUGGACUUAAAGAGAAAAUGACAUUUAUUUGCACUACAAUACUGACAGACCAACCUAUCAAUGACAAUGAAAAUCAAAUUGAGAUGGAAAAUUGCUCUGCCAUCCUUGGAGAAGAUAUUGCCGAUGAUGACAGUGUGGAACAAGACAUGAAGAGUGACUCGGAAAACGAACAUAUUGAAAGUCAUCUGAUUGAACAAAUACCUUUGAAGUCAGAAGAGACACAAUUUGGAAGUGAAAUUGGGACACAUCCGCAGGAAGUCCCAAUAAUGACUGAAGUGUAUCAAGGAAAUGACAUGAUGCCAUGCAGAUGGAGAGUCAAAGUCCUUGAACAAGAAUUGGAAAGAACAAUUGAUUAUUUUCAAUUACAGAUUAUUUAUUUGAAGAAAAAUGCAAAUGACAAUUGGUGGGCAGCUCGGUUUGCCGAGAGAGAACUCGAUGACUUAAAGAAAGAAUACGUUUAUAAAAGGAAAAGGUACCUGAUGGUCGAGGAAAACUGCCAGCUAGAUCAAAGGGCUGAUGUGUCACUUGUUGAUGAAGAUUGGGACUAUACAGCAACAGAAAUCUUGAUGUAUAGAAACAGAAUCAAUGAUCUUGAAAUAGAACUUCAAAGAACAUUUCAUUAUUACCAGGAAGAGAUUGUUUCUGUUCAGAAAGAAACCCACAAUAAUUGGUUGGCAGCUUGUAUUGCUGAAAGAAGCCUGAAUGACUUGAAGCAAGAAAAUAAAAGGAAAAUGUACCUGAUGGUCGAGGAAAACUGCCAGCUAGAUCAAAGGGCUGAUGUGUCACUUGUGGAUGAAGUCUGCAACUAUACAAAAAAAGAAAUCUUGAUCUAUAGAAAAAGAGUUGAAGAUCUUGAGCAAGAAAUGGAUAGAACCAUUCGUAAUUCCCAAAGAUUGAUACUUUCUUAUGACAAAGAAGCACAAAUCAAUUGGAGGAUCACUGUGACCUCAUCCCCGAGAUUAGUUACUCCAUAA